AUGGGGCUCAAAAUAUUCAUGGCUUCCUUCAUGGUAUCCUCAAUCCUGUUCUUUCUCAUCUUCAUUCCCACAAGAUUGACCCUACAACUCUCCAGCCUCAGGCCUAACUACAUGAGUGCCCCAAAGAACAACAGCAAGGCCUAUCCGGUUACUUUUGCUUACUUGAUCUCUGCAUCAAAAGGAGAUGUUGGGAAGCUCAAAAGAUUGAUGAGGGUGCUUUAUCAUCCAGGGAACUACUAUCUGAUUCAUGUAGAUUAUGGGGCUCCAGAGGCUGAACACAGGGAAGUGGCACAAUAUGUGGCUGCUGAUCCUGUGUUUGGUCAAGUGGGGAAUGUUUGGGUUGUGGGAAAGCCUAAUUUGGUGACAUAUAGAGGACCAACCAUGCUUGCUACCACUCUCCAUGCCAUGGCAAUGCUUCUUAGGACCUGCCAAUGGGACUGGUUUAUUAAUCUCAGUGCCUCUGAUUAUCCCUUAGUUACACAAGAUGAUCUGAUACAAGUGUUUUCUGAGUUGCCAAGGGAUAUCAAUUUCAUACAACAUAGCAGUCAACUGGGUUGGAAACUGAAUAAGAGAGGGAAGCCAAUAAUAAUAGAUCCGGGGCUUUAUAGCCUGAAUAAAUCAGAAAUUUGGUGGGUUAUUAAGCAGAGGAGUUUACCAACAUCUUUUAAGCUCUACACAGGUUCAGCAUGGACAAUACUAUCAAGAUCUUUUGCAGAAUAUUGCAUAGUGGGAUGGGAAAAUUUGCCAAGGACCCUUCUACUAUACUACACCAACUUUGUGUCAUCCCCAGAAGGAUAUUUCCAAACCGUUAUAUGCAACUCUGAAGACUACAAGAACACCACUGUUAACCAUGAUCUUCACUACAUUACCUGGGACAACCCUCCAAAACAGCACCCUAGGUCUCUGGGACUCAAGGACUACAGAAAAAUGGUUCUUAGUAGCCGUCCAUUUGCCAGAAAAUUCAAGAGAAAUGAUCCAGUUCUUGAUAAAAUUGAUAGAGAGCUUCUCAAGAGGUACCAUGGACAAUUUUCCUCUGGAGGGUGGUGCUCUCAGGGUGGAAAACACAGAGCAUGCUCAGGUUUCAGAACUGAGAAUUAUGGUGUGCUUAACCCUGGUCCAGCUUCAAGAAGGCUCAAAAAUCUGCUAACAAAACUUCUCUCUGAUAAAUUCUUUCACAAACAACAGUGCAGGUAAUAACCAUAUAUGAUCUUCGUUCAUCUUUAUCACUUGUAAAGACUAUUGAAAUUUUGGUUAUAAUAUAUUGGAUCACUUUCUUCUUUGUCA